AUGGCGACGAUCUCCCAGGCGACCUCGCCGGCGGCGGCCCAGAUCUCCGGCCACAGGCGUGCCACGAGGUACGUCGGAAAACUAAGCUCCUUCGGCGGGUUGAAAGCCCACGACAGAGUGGCGGCGCUGGGAACCCACGAAUGCGCCGCCCAGUCGUUCACCAGGGUGACCGCCGCCGCCCUGAAGGGGGCUUCGCGGGGGAAGGCCAAAGGGGGAGCUCUCUCUUCCACGUGUAAUGCCACCGCAGAGAUCUUCAGGAUCGCAGCGAUCAUGAACGGCCUCGUCCUCGUCGGGGUCGCCGUCGGGUUCGUCCUCUUGCGAGUGGAGGCUUCACUGGAGGAAGCAGAGUGA